UACACGACCAAUAUAUGCACACAAAUGGAAUCAACACCCUCCUUUCUCAAAGCCAAACAUGGCGGGUGUAGGUGUGGGUAUGGGUAUGGUUGGCUCCAGAGUUAUAGCAAUCCAUCAUCGUCAUCAUAGAACCCUAAUUCCUACCCCCCAAUUCAACCUUCAAUUCAAUCUCCCUUCUAUCCAUUCCCAUCGAUCCUCCAUUAUGUCUGCAACUGCCGCCACUCCCAGCACCGCCGUCAACAACCCAAUUCUCCAACAAAACACCGCAUCCACCGACUCAACCUCCGGGUGCUGGCCGGAAUUUGCUAGUAACAUCUCCGGCGAAUGGGACGGACAUGGAGCUGAUUUCACCAUUGAUGGCCACCCAAUUGAGCUUCCAGAAAACGUAGUACCAGAUGCUUACAGAGAAUGGGAAGUCAAAGUUUUUGAUUGGCAAACACAAUGCCCAACUCUCGCUCAACCUGAAAACCCUUCCGCCAUUUACAAACUCAUAAAACUCCUUCCAACAGUUGGUUGUGAAGCCGAUGCUGCCACACGGUUUACUGUUGAUGAAAGAACAAUCGGAGGUCCCACUAACAUGGUGUCCGCAUUUGCAUACCAAUCAAGUGGGUCCUACACUGCUCUUUGGUCAACUCAAAAAGCAGGAGUCUUGGAAUUGGAACACUGUUUGAUUGAUCCUCGUGAUAAAGAAUCUCGUGUAAGGAUUGUUCAAGUUUUGGGUGUUGAAGAAAAGAGUAAAUUGGUGUUGAAGAACAUUAAAGUUUUUGUUGAGCAAUGGUAUGGCCCUUUUAGAAAUGGAGACCAAUUAGGUGGAUGUGCAAUUCGUGAUUCGGCUUUUGCUACAACAAAAGCUCUUGAUAUUUCACAAGUUUUAGGUGUGUGGCAAUGUGCAAACUCUAUAGCAUACUUCCAAGAUUCUCCCAAUAGUGUUCUUCAAGAACUUAUACCAGUUGAUGGUGUAGAAAAAUCGGUAAGAGACAAAGGGCAUCUUGUAUUACUCCCAAAGAACUUGUGGAGUUCAAUAAAAGAAACAGAAGAUGGAGAAAAAACUUGGUGUGAGGUGGGAUGGUUGUUGGAAUCAGGGCGUGCUAUUACAUCUAAAUGUAUCUUUUCAAGAAAUGGAGAGUUAAAAGAGAUCAUAACUUCAUCCGAGACUACAGAAGUAGGAGUCUAGGAGUAUGAUGGUUUCAAGAUUUCUUACAAUAAGUAGAUAGAAUAAAAUGAUAUCCAAUAUUUUAUUUAAGAAGUCUUUUUAUACAUAAAUAUUAUCGAACAAACAUAUGAAUGAGAUGUGUAACGGAUAUUUCUUGUAACAGAUAUUUUCUUGCAACUGUACAUGUCAUGUUUGCAACAUUAUAGACGGUAUAUUUUUAUAUU